GCGACCAUCAGUUGUAGCUCCGAGCUCAAGUUGUGAAGAUGAACCACGUGCGGUGUCUCUGUCUAAGUCUCAGUCUGCUUCUUUUACUCGGAAGCGCGCAGGCUGACUGCCAGCUAAAUACAAAUGAACUAAAGCAGACUAAUCGAGUUUUUGCCACUCGCGAUGGUUCGAGUUAUCAACUGCUGUGCAAGGACUUGCUUCCUAACACUGCAAGUGUGUAUUCGAUUUGCAAUGCCGCUGACAUAAUACAAUCAAGGUGCACUGGAAAUAACUUCAGCCCACCACUGGCCACAACUGGUUGUUCUCAACCCAUAAGCCCAGUGGUGGAGGCGAUCGCCGAUUCCAGUUGCCCUCACACCAUGUAUCGUGUGGGCUAUAAUGUCAGAAAUUUAGUGUUUCUGGAGAUCUAUAGAAGCUGCUACGAUGCUUCGAACGUUAAAGCGCAUUUUACCAUUUACAUGGCCCACACAAGCACCUCGGAGGCGGAUCGUCGAGAGUAUUUCACAACUGAUCGCAUAAUCUCUGGAGCAGCUGCGAGCUCGUUUCAGAAUCCCAAGAUCUAUGAAAGAUACCAUCAACUCCUGGCACCCCAGACAUAUUUUGUCAAGGGCGAAUCGUACGAUCUGUACGAUCGUAGCCAUCUGACGGUAAGCUGA